AAUUAUUUUUUGGUUUAUCAAAGGCUAUGAUAUGAUAAUCCUUUGAAGCCCAUCCCUCACUAACAUAAUCAGUAUCACGAAAUCAAAUCCAAACAAUUAGUAUAAAGCAAACCACACGACACAUACAUCUGCUAGCUCAAAUGAUCAUAGAAAAUCCACACUAGAAGAAAAUCAUUUUACCUUUUUCAAAUACAUAUGUGUGCUCAAAUGAUUAUGAAUAAAUGGGAGAUCGAUAAUAUAUGAGCAUGGUGAUAUAUACUUACGGCCUAUCUAUGGGAGCUGGUGUAUGACCAAAACUAAGUCUAUAAUAUGUUUUACAAUGCAAUGCCAGUAUGGUAAAAGGAAGUUUGGUGUUCAACGAAAUCAUGUAAACACAAAAGGAUAGGAUCCUCAUUCAGGCUACCCGGAGAUAAGAAAUUAAAGCGCUACAAUGGUAAUGUGGUGCUUCUAUCUAUAAUUCAGUUAGACAUAUAUACUAGUUUUCUUUGUUUCUGCUGGCGGGAUUGAUUAUCGUUGUUAUUGUAGUAGGAUAUUUAUUUACACUAAAAGUUGGAAAUAUAAAAAGUACUCCAUACUGUAGUAGCUAUAGAUAUAUAAAACACAUAGCAAAGUAGGUUUGAUUUGAAAGGUUGAAUAUAAAAUCAAUAGGUAGCUAGCCAAGAAAAUGGGAAGGAAGCUUACUAGCAUACUUAUUCAGAACAUAUGUAGACGCAAGUUUCAGAGCACUGCUAGAAGAGCAUUAUUUCACACCGAACCCGAAUUAAAAAAUCUCAGCCUGGAUGCUGAUUCGGAUUUGGCAGCGUUGUUAGAGAAGAAGCUCAAUAUUGAAGUUCCAACACAAACUGGCACUGGGGCUUCCAUAUACAGGGUUCCAGACCGUUUACGUGCAGUUGAACCAAAAGCUUAUGAACCCAAUAUUGUUUCCAUUGGUCCUUACCAUCAUGGAGCAUAUCGUUUACAAGCCAUGGCAAAAACAAAAUGGGACUUCUUUCGUCGCAUUUUUCAUUCAACCAAUCCCAACCGGCCUAACCUCAAACAAGUAGUUGACCAAGUGAAACAAAUGGAACACGAGGCUCGUGGUUGUUACUCAGAGGAGUUGAAGAUUAGUAGCUUGAAUUUCAACAAAAUAAUGCUUAUAGACAGCUGUUUCAUCAUAGAGCUUUUAAAAGAAACAAAGGAGUUGGACUUCAGAAAAAAGUCAAGUCAUAUAAAAAGAUGGAUGUUGCCCGUCCUCCAACGUGAUCUGAUCAUGCUUGAAAAUCAGAUCCCUUUGUUUGUUAUAAACAAAGUUUAUGAGUUAAUAAGAUGUAAACAAGAGUCGGGUAAUUUGGUAGAUCUUGCACUCCAAUUCUUUGAAUCCAUGAUGUAUAAAGAUUUAGAUAACCCGAAGAAGAUGGAUUUAGUGGUAAAAAGGGAUGGAGAAAUCAGCCACUUUCUAGCCCUUUUUCGGGCUAGUAUUAGUCCAAGUGAAGCUUUACAAAAUAAGUUUCCAGUUAAGGAGCCCAACAUGUUCCGGUCAGUAACAGAUUUGAAAGAGUCUGGUGUCAAAGUCAAGAAGGCCGAAAAUUGUCAACCAUUAGAUGUGAGCUUUAAAAAAGGGGUUCUAAAGAUUGCUCCUGUGAGUAUGGAUGACUACAAAUUCACACUGUUUAGAAACAUGGUGGCUUAUGAGCAAUCUCACUUUGCUUGCAAACCAUACGUAACCGCGUAUAUAUUCUUUCUUGACAGGCUGAUAAACGCAGCCAACGACAUAGAAUUGCUUCAUUAUGCAGGUGUCAUGCAACAUACUCUUGGAGGAAACAAACACGCGGCAACACUAGUUAAUAAUCUAUGUAAAGAGGUGGCAGGGGCAGUUGAUGAUUCUUAUUUGCACAAUGUUCUUUGGAAGAUAAAUUGUUAUUGCAAUGAUGGAUGGAAUCAGAAGAUGGCAAAACUGAAAUAUGAGUACUUUUAUAAUGUAUGGGUAUCACUCUCUACAUUUGCGGCCAUUGUGUUGAUCUAUCUUACUAUACUUCAAACAGUUGCGGCGCUUGGAGAUGAUGAGGCACGAGCUCAUAUCGUUGGAAAUGGAUUUUGGAUGGCGAUUGUUGAGGCUUUUUUUGUGCCGGUUAAAGGUGUUAGCACAACAACAUCAUCAUCAAAUAAGGACUCAUCAUCCAUGAGUGCCGAUGAUAAAUUUUCGAUUGAUGGAGAACAGGAAAGCAUGGAUGAUAUUGGUACUCGUAUCGAUAGAUUUAUUUGUUGGUUCUUGAUCACUAGUUCAAAAGAACAUGAUGAGUUGUUAAUGAUUAUUUUCUGAAAACAAUUAUUGUCCGAGCGUUACGUAAGUAUUUUUUCAAAUGUUGUAUAUAGAAGAAAAUUCUUAUCAUUUGUGUAUAUUUUGUUACACUAGUCGAAGCUUGUAUA